AUGGAAAACAACCCAAAAUUUUAUUUCUUCUCUCAGCUGCCCACGGAAUUGAGAUAUGCCAUCUGGCGUGAAUGCCUCCCAAAUCGCGUUGUUGAAAUAGACUAUCCGUGGGACGAGGGCGCCUACUUGUGUCUCAAUCCGCCACCGUGCAAGCUGAUGCAAACAACCGAUAUCAACCGACGCCCACCAGUGAUCAGCCAUGUAUGCCGCGAAUCACGCCGUGUCGCUUUUGAGACUGGCUAUCUUAAGACUGGCUAUUAUCGUGAUAAGGGCUCCCCUCCUCUGGAGGCUCAGUGGGAAUCCGAUCUCCAGCUUAAAAAAUCAUGGAUCGACCCCUCUCGAGACAUCAUACACUUGAACUGGACUCCAUGCUACAGCGCCGGGUAUUGGGGUAAUGGAAGUGCCCUCGAUUUUCUCGCUUGGAGUGCGGUUAAUGCUUACGGAGACUCUUUUAUGUUUGAUUAUCUUGAUAACAUGCUCGAUGAAGAUAUAGAAGAGAGGAUUAAGGCCCUCCAGAAAUUACAACAUGGAUGUAUUGUGAUGCAUAUUAUCGUAGUGCAUACUACGUUCGAAAUUGCGGCGAAAACGGGCUUGUUUGGAAUUCUCGGUGAUGCCUAUAUUCAGCUUGUCGAUAUAUCCGACGAAGUAAGACUGAAUGCCUUCUUCGAUUUUGCAAAGAAAUGUGAAUCUGAAACCAACACAUUCGUUACUAGAAGGCAAGACUUUCGCAGAGAGUCUCCAGAGUCGGUCAAGAGAAGCCUAAAUGACAAGCUCGCGGAGACCUUCGGAGCCCAAGCGGCUCGGCAAUUACCUCCUUUGUGUCCGGCCAUCAUGUUCAGAUUUUGCCCCCAUUGGUGCAAUCAUAUCCACGGAAGCUCUCGUCGGGCUGGAUUCUAG